AUGGUAACUCUCAUGCAAUCUACUCAACCAAUUCUAACCGAUGAACAAUGGAAUCUGCUUUCUGACUUAUCCUAUUGUUAUGAUGAGCAUAGUCAAAUAUCUAUAUGUGAACGAUAUGUAUCUCUACAAAGUACUUUACCCUUGAAAUUACGUUUUAAAUCCGCAUCAAUGAUUGAAUUGUUUCAAACGUUAAUGAACGGCUGUCGAUUGUUAUACACAAACAAUCGAGAUUUGUAUUCGUUAUCGUUCAAUGACCGUUCUGUCUUACUUCACAAAACGUUCAAACACGUCGAAUGUAUUUCGACGAACUUCAUUCUGAGUCGAAUCGGGCUGACAAAUUAUCCGGCGUAUUACAAUACACUAGAAACGAUUAUUCAUCCGAAUGUCAUACCGACAGCAAAAUUGAUCGCCAAUCGAUGUGAUUUCGACACCACUGUUAUGAAAUUAUUUCUCGCUAUUCUUUCAUUUUCGACCAUCAACUUGACAGUUUAUGAUACGAAAACAUCCACAGAAAAUCUGUCGGAUAUUAAACAAGUUUUACAUAUUCAAGAUACGUACAUAGAAUUGACAUGGCGAUAUUUAAUUUACAAAUACGAUGCGAAACGAUCGAUUCUGUGCUUUUCUGAUCUUAUCAGAUGUUUCUUUGCUGUAAAUAAUAGUGUAAUGCAGACGUAUGACAUUCAGUGGUUGACGGAUGCAAUGAAUUAUGUGGUGAAUCAAACGGAAGACACAAUACGUUACAAGUGA